UUUCGUUUUCCUGCAUCAGAAAGUGUAGGCAGUAAGUCGUGGCUUUCGUCAGGCAUUACACAAACUAGCAGAAAACGCACUAUCCUGGAAGGGGUUUUUGUUUGUUUGUUUUUCUGGUUGACGGGUGUUCUACUUCCACGCUUGUGCCAAAGAGGUAUAGAAGGUGUCCGCCGAGCAGGUGACUGUGCGCAAGGUUUAGCACCGUUCUUCGGAAAGGCUUCUGCAUCGUCUUCCUCUGUCAUUUUCUGUAGGAAACGUGUAGCCGAAAUAGCUUUCCCAGCUGUCCGUGCUGCAGCCAUCUCUGUGGCUGAUAUGGGGGACCAAGAAGUUGUGGUGAGCUCAGAUGUGCCAAUAAUGAUUCUCCAAAAGAAGAUAAAAUCUGCAAAAACUCUAGUGGAAGCCGAAAAACUAAAAGAUGACCUGAAUGAGCUGAUGCGGAUUAGAGAGGUAAUUCAGAGAUCUGUGAUGGAGAUUAUUAAGAAGUCCACCAACUCUGAAGAACAAACCUUGAGAGUCCAAACAGGCUGUGCUGAAGUAACCAACCAUAAGAUGUAUCGGGAAGUCAUAGAGUAUUACAAAGUGAAAUGUUUUAACUGGCAUGACUCCAAGUAUGAAUAUGCUGUUCAUCAGCUGCAUCUGUUUGCGAACCUGUGUGAGGAAAAAGUCCCAGUGGAGCGCAUCAAGACAGCAAUUGAUGACGUAAGUGAAAAUCUGAAGAAAAAAGAUGCUGCUGGAUGUUAAAUGUGGAAUGUAUAGCCUCUUAAAUGAAUGUAAAAAUACAAAUAAAGGUAAUGUUCCUUUGGUUAUAAGAACAUCUAAAUAUAGAAAUGAUCUUUGUACAGAGUGAAAUGGAACAUUGUUUGUCCCUACAAUGGAUGCAUUGCACCUUGUUGUUGUUAAACUUGCUGGCAUGCAGUCCACUUGAUUGCCAAUGCAUGUACAUGUUUUGCUGUAAUGAGAUGGAUUAGAAUCCUACAUAACAGAAUGCCAUAGUAAAUUCAACCAUUGGCUACUCUCAAUAUUUACAGUUUCCAUUGAUUGAAAUAGCUGCCUUGUCUACCACAUUUGAUUGAUAGAUGACUUUACCAAUGAAAUCCACAAACAAUGUGAGAUGCAUAGCCGAAGUAUGAACCACUUUAGACGUUUAGCAAAAAUAUGACAUGUUAAAAAAAGAGCAUAGAUGGGCUGAAUUCUCAUUUGUUAAUUUUCUUAUGUUCUAUUCCAAUGAUCUAACUGCUGUGAUCAUAAAUAUCCCCACCCUGAUGCUGAACAAAUGUAUGUUAAAUCGAAGAAAAGAUCUUACAAUGGAUUUGAAAACAAUAUAGUUUAGCAGUUUUUGAAAUGUGUACUGUGUAUGAGUUAUUAUCUAUCUUAAGAUGUUUGUGUAACAGAAAAUCAUUAUUAAAAGUGUGGACAAAACCCAAACCUGUGUUAAA